CUCACCUUUCAUCACCAACCUUGUACCCGCUUUUCUCACCGCUGAGGACGUAAAUGUAAUCGUAGUGGACUGGAGCGCCGGUUCCAGUGGCCUAUUCGCGCCUGCCGUUGACAACACGAUCGCCUCAGGUCGCGCUGUCGAUGCGUUCAUCAACUGGCUCAACCAGGAGACCUUCUCUAGCCCUGUGCAGUACCAUAUUGUGGGACACGGGAUGGGCGGACACCAGGCUGGCAUCGUUGGCAGGACUUUGGGAGGAAAUGUUGCCUAUGUUAGUUUGCCAGAUUUGGAUCCAUCUCUCCUCGGCUGGGUAAACCACCCCGACAGCUUCCAAGAAACUGAUGCUAUCUACACAGAAGUCAUUCACACCAACUGCGGCCUCAACGGAUACGUAUCCAACUUAGCCCAAGUUGACUUCUACCCAAACGGAGGCGAAUCUAUGCCUGGCUGCAACUCCCAUGCUUGCGACCAUGACAGAGCUAUCCACUACUUCGCAGAGUCCAUUGUCAGUGGGGGUUUCACUGGGAGACAGUGUAUUAACUACAUGGCUGCAGUUUUGCAACAGUGCAACUUGUUGCCUCUUCGGCUACAGAUGGGUGGUUUGCGACCAAAAAUUGGAUCUUCGGGUAUGUAUCUACUUGAAACGAAUGCUGCUCCUCCAUUUUCCCUUGGAUAAAACCAACAUGACAUGCUACCAAUAACUUUGUCAAACCGAAUAUAAAUAAAAUCGAAAUCUA